AAAUACUGUUCAAUUUAUUUACAAGCAGUUUACAUGUUUAGAAUAAUUCGUUGAUUUGAUUAAGAACAUACUGCAGUCAUUAACCAGUAUUUUGUCUCACUCUCUCUUACUACAGUUCAACUGUAUUACAGUUAAGGAUUGGGUUGGGAAAAAUAACAGCACAAGGCAUCUGUUGUGGUGUUUGCCUGAAGGGGAUUCCAUUCAGCCACCUUAUGAUGAACAUCAAAGUCUUCAUCAUAUUACUCCUUGUUUAAUUCACCAAAUAUUUGAAGCACGCAGAAGGCUGUGAUGGUGGUGUUGAUGUCCUACAUGUGGCAAUUAUAUCUCUUCAUCAAACACCGCCAUCUUCCCUUGAGACGGUCAUCCUUGCCCUGCUGAGCCGGUAGUUAAAGUUUGUCUGUGCAGGAGUUAGUCUGCUUUCAGGAUAUGGUUUCACCAUUCCACUCUGUGCCUUUCAUGGUUUUACCAAGCCCCCAGGAAGUGCGCCGGUCGUCGAUCCCAACUUUCGUAGUGGCCAAACGGCGGUACUACAACUUCCCUGUCCAUGCUCACUUCUGCCUUGUUUUUAUAUAGCGUCAAAUCAUAACAGAAGUUAUCUUGAGACACUUUUCAUAUAGAGCAGGUCUAGACCGUACUGUAUAAUUUAGAGACCCAACAAGAGAUCCCCCAUAAGCAUGCAUUCUUAUGCGAUAAUGGCAAGGAAAAACUCCUCUUUAGCACGUAGAAACCUCGGGCAGAACCCGGCUCUGGGUGGUCGGCCAUCUGCCUCGACCAACCAGCAGGAGACACUAGUUAAUAAAUCUACUUCUUUGUUUGUGUGUUAUUCCAGGUGUAUGCCGCAUUGUCCCAGGUCCCCAACAUGCGUGUCUAUGGCAGACAGGAGAUCCCUGAACGUUUCCAUUUCAAAGGAGGGAAGUUUGUUCCCCCCCUGACGCUGGUGGCUGAGCCAGGCUGGUUUAUCAUCGAGAACAAGGAAAAACUCCCAUAUUGCAAACACGACUCUGGGGAGGCCUCAGGAUGGCAAAACGGUUGGCAUGGUUACGACAAUGAGUUCCUCGACAUGAGAGGCAUUUUCUUGGCGACAGGACCUGACUUCAAGCGGAAUGUUCGGGCGGCUCCAAUCCGAGCAGUGGACAUCUAUAACGUGAUGUGCUGGACGCUGGGAGUGAAGCCUUUGCCCAAUAAUGGGUCCUGGUCUCGGGUAGAGUACUUCCUGAAUGGCUCUGAUGGUCCAUCCUGACCCACAACCCUCUGCUGGAUGGGUUUGUUAGGAAUACUGCUUGCACUAUGGUACUAAAGUAUUGAACUGUUCAGUGCUUAUGGCAUCUGAUGGUUUGGAUCUGCUAGAAAGAGUCAGAACAUUAAACCGUGUACAGGUUAAUGCAUCUAAAAGUAAGGGAAAGGCAAUGAAACAGCUGGAAAGCUGGAAAAUAUCACCUUGAAAUAGUUAUAGCAUUGUUAAGGACCAAGAAGUCGAAGCCUGAAAGGGCCCGGAGAGUUUUCCAGGACCUCAUCUCAACUUCCUAAAUAGACCGGACUUCCUCACAUUUUCUCUUCUUUCUCCAGCUCUCUUUGUCUGAUCAACAUGUAUUCAUAUUUGAGGUUGUACACAUCUUAAAUGCAAAAAUUGUUAAUUUUGUUACCUUCUGUAAUUUCUCUUGAUAACCUUUCGUUGUCAAUCAUAGUGAAAAAGUAAAAGUUAGAGAUAAAGCAUGUCAGUAGGACUUUCUGGUGCUUUACAGUUUGUUAUAGAGAUAGACCAGGGUCAAAUUCCUUGUAUGUGUUCACAUACUUGGCCAAUAAAGCUGUUUCUGAUUUCAGAGUAAAGGGCACUCUCCUAAUAAUUUCCUAAUACUUUUCUACAAAGUUAGAAGAACUAGGUAAUUUGAAGCUAAUUACAGGGAAAAUAGGAAUUUCCUUGAAACUUUGACCUCUAUAUUUGUUAGACUGUAUGCUUGCCUUUAGCCAAACUGGGUAUGUAUAGGUUACACUACUACUUAAUAGGAAUCAAUUAAUUGAAAGUGAACAAUUUAAGUAAAAUGACAUGAGAAAAACUGAGAGAAAUAAUACAGAAAAAUUAUACAGACCCGUAAAAUAAAGCAUUACUGAUUUCUGGGCAUUUGUAACCUUGAAGCUGUUGAAUGUAAACCUCUUCUCUCUUUUCUUGCCAUUUUUGUUCCAAGAUCAAAUUUUCUCCAGAAAACAGUGAUUCAUAGAAACAAAACCGCUGCAUAUCCAGAUUAGAAUCAAUUGGUUUGGAUAUCACAGGAGAACUUUUAAAGGACCAGUGUGUAACCAUUAGGGGCAGAAAUGGAAUAUAAUAUUAAUAAGUAUGUUUUCUUUGGUGUAUAAUCACCUGAUAAUAAGAAUCGGUGUGUUUUCGUUAGCUUAGAAUGAGCC